AUGGGGAGUUGGUAUCAGAAUCUUUUUUUACUUAUAGAAAUCAAGUGGUUGUCCAGAGGCAAAGUUGUAACAAGACUUUUUGAAUUGCGAAAUGAAGUAAAAAAUUUUCUGAAGGAGCAUAAGAAAACAAAUCUUUUUGAGUGGUUUCAUGAUGAGAAUUGGCUCAUAAAGUUAGCUUACCUCUCUGAUAUUUUCAAUAAGUUAAAGGAAACAAACUUGGGUUUACAAGGAAAAGAAACUUCGAUCUUUCAAGCCAAUGACAAGAUUAAAGCUCUCAUUGGCAAGUUGGAUUUUUGGGUUGACUGUGUACAAGAAAUUGAUUUUACAUGUUUCUCAAACUUGAAUAAAUUUUUAUAUGAAAAUGAGAGCUCAGUGAAGGUCCGUCAGCCUGGCACCCCAAAGUCAAAAUGUCGGGGUCAAAUCAAACUAAAAAAUUAG